CUUUCAGUUUCUUUCCCCUUUGACCAUGCUGAAGGACAGGCCAGUCGGCAGGCUGUCUGUAGAGCUGAGGGAAGGCACAGAAGCGGUGCAGAUCACACGGGGCAGGACCCCCGGCCAACCUCAGGCUCCCGUGGGGCCAGCGGGGGCAGACGGCAGGUGGAGGCCACGACCUCAGCUCCAGGAUGGACAAACACAGCCAGAACAUAGGGGACACGAACAUAGAGGAGCAGAAUUGCCCAGAGCUCAUUUUCAGGCACUUCAAAGAAAAUAAGGUGGAGAUUGCAAGUGCAAUAACAAAGCCAUUUCCUUUCCUUAUGAGCCUCCGAGACCGCUCCUUCAUCUCUGAGCAGAUGUUUGAAAAUUUUCAAGAAGCUUGUAGAAACCUGGUCCCAGUGGCAAGAGUGAUAUAUGAUGUCCUCAGUGAACUGGAGAAGACAUUUGACCUGUCACUUCUGGAAACAUUGUUCAGCAACGUCCACCUGAAGACCUACCCUGAUUUAAAUGAGAUUUUCAGAAGCUUCCAAAACGUGAUUGGUGACUUCUAUUACGAAAUCCACGAAGAAGAGAUGCAGGAGAUACUCAGUAUCAAGUCACACCAGCAAGGAAGGAUAACCCUGACAGGAGCUGGACUCCCAGAGCAUCUCAGUGACGGGGAGCAGAUGGACACAAGGGAAGAAGAUUCAACUCAUGACUCAGAUGAUGAAUUAAGGACUCAAGAAACCACAAAUGAAUGUGACCGGGAAUCUGAACAAGAAGAGAAAGCUACAAAGGAACAAUUAAGAGACAAAGAAUGGGAGAGAAGAGCAAUAUCCGAGAAAGCAAAAGGAAAAGCUGCAGGAGCAGGGAAGAGAGAAACACACCUGGAGAAAGAGAGGCUCCAAGAGAAAGAGAGGCUCCAAGAGACACCCGCAGGAACAAACAGGCAGAGAUUAAGAAAGUGGAAAGAAAUGAAUGAGAAAAUGGGAAAGCGAAGGAGGUGUACAAAGAGGAAGAUUCUCCCAUUGUCUGAGGGCAUUAACACCUGUCCUGAAACACGUGAUGUGGAAGAGCCUCAGGAAGCCUUGAGGUCCCCGCCAAGUUGUGGGCCAGUUUCCUGUGAGCAGGUAGCUCUCCAAAAGACUAAUGGAGAAGGUGCCGAAGAAAUACCUAAAUUGCUGCCAGUUGGUGGGAGAGAGUCUUGGAAUCUUACUCUACAAAUGGAUGAAGAAGAAUCAGAAGAAGUGCCCAGGUUACUACCUUAUGAUAGAGAAGAGACCUGUGAUCCCCAAACUCUGCAAAACACUAAGGAAGAAGAACCAGAGAAGGAGCUCAGUCCAGUGGCAGAUGAAGGAGAAGAGGGCAGCAAUGCCUGUUUGGAAAUGUGUGAUGGAAAAGAGGCCCAGGAAGCCUCGAGCCUCCCGCCAACAUGUGGGCCAGAGAGCAGUGCCUGUUUGGAAGCCUGUGCUGGAGAAGAGCCCCAGGAAGCUUUGAGCCCCCUGCCAAGACUUGGGCCAGAAGGCAACAGUACCCCUUUAGAAAUGUGUGAUGGAGAAGAGCCCCAGGAAACCUUGAGCUCACCAGCAGAAAGUGGGCCAGGGGAGGAAGUGUCUGGUGAACUAGAAGAUUACCAAACGAGUGAGGAAGGAGAAUCAAAAGAGCUUACUUCUAGCCCACCACGCUAUGAUGAAUCAGGAGCAGAGCAACCAGAAUUUGGAAAUGAAAAGUGUUCCUGUGUCAUGUGUUUCUCAAAAGAUGUGCAAGAAGGCCCAGAAGCAAGGACAGAAACUGACCAAGCACAUGGCACGAUGGAUACUGUCAAUAUUGGAAAUAACUCUACCUUCAUAAUACCCAAGAGGAAAAGAAGAAAAAAGAAAGGGCAUUCCUGGACCAGAAUAAAAAGGACACGGCAGAAAAAAAUACGACAAAAUGAUAGCAGCCCAGUUGGUAGUCUGCUGUUCGCAAAUGAAAAGAGCAUGAAUCUCCAAGGCCUUGCCAAGUUUGGAGGGAGAAGGAGAGGGAGACCUAGGACUCUCUUCACUCAGAAUAACAGAACCCCACAGAAUAGAGUCCGAUCAAAAGCCUCAAGAAUGCACGGAAAUGAAACUGUGGAUUUUCAGGCUCCUUUACUUACUGUGACCUGUGGUGAGGCAAAGGGUAUUUUAUACAAGAAGAAAUUGAUACAAGGAAUCGGGGUGAAGUGUAUACAAACUGAAGAUGGAAACUGGUUGACCCCCAGGGAAUUUGAAAUCAAAGGCGGCCAUGAAAGAGCAAAAUCUUGGAGGCUGAGUGUGCGCUGUGGCGGGUUGCCCCUACGAAGGCUGAUAGAGAAUGGAUUUCUACCUAAUCCUCCACGAACAUACGGGAGGAGAAAAAAGCAGAGUAUACUGCAGUCUCACAGUAACUUAGGUGACCCUUAUUUGGGAAACCUGGAUGAAUGCGAGGUGUGCCGGGAUGGAGGGUUUCUGUUCUGCUGUGACACUUGUUCCAGAGUCUUCCAUGAGGACUGUCACAUCCCGCCUGUGGAAACUGAGGCGACGCCGUGGAAUUGCAUCUUCUGCAGGAUGAAGGAGUUUUCAGGAAGCCAAGAGUGUCUUCGGGAACCUGAGAUCCUGGAGAGGCAGAUGGGGCCCGAGGAGCAGCUGAAAUGUGAAUUCCUCCUCUUGAAAGUCUAUUGCUGUUCUGAGAGCUCCUUUUUUGCCAAGAUUCCAUAUUAUUAUUAUAUUAGAGAGGCUUCUCGAGCCCUGAAGGAACCUAUGUGGUUGGACAAAAUCAAGAAAAGGCUGAAUAAGCGGGGUUAUGCCCAGGUGGAGGGGUUUGUGCAGGACAUGCGCCUCAUCUUCCAGAACCACAGGGCGUCAUACAAGUACAACAAUUUUGGCCAAAUGGGACUGAGACUGGAGGCUGAAUUUGAGAAGAAUUUUAAGGAAGUGUUUGCUAUUCAGGAAACAAAUGAGAACAGUUGACUUGUGCAGUGGAUGCUGAAGAAGCUCAGGAAAUGGUGCCCCAAAGUAAGCUGCUGAUCACUUAAACCUGAGAGCAUCUGGGGAACAGCAAACGCAGGGAGGGGCUUGCUCUUAGCUCCCCUUAUCUGCGCAAAGAUGGAUCCUCCAAAAGGAACUCGUUUGUCAUGAAUUCCCUCCCUGGGGAUUUCAUCAACCAGGGAAGAUUACUCAGGUCACAAGGAAGGAGAUUGGAGGUGACACAAGCCCAGACCACAUCUCACCUCUUCUCCCAAGGGCUGCUCCAGACAACUUUCACAUCCUGCAAGACCUUACGCUUACACCACAAGACCACCUGUCACUGUUACACCCUUCCUUCCCUCACCCGACCACAGCUGCUGCUGCCACCCUCCCCCAGGGGCCCCAAGUCUCCAUUCUUUAAAGUCAAGUCAUCUGACUCUGCUUGGAGUCUCAUAUUUUGUGGGACUCUGAUAUGUACAUACAUCAUUAAAUGUUUCUUGUUCCCCAGUUAA